AUUUUAAAAGCAGCUGAAAAAGUUGGACAACAAAGGAUUGAUUGGGUCUGUUGUUGCCAAAUGAGGACAGUUGAAGAGUAUGUUUGUAAUACCAAAACCUCAGCAGUUUGCUUCCCCUGACCCUCCAAAGACCCUCAGACCACCACAAAACACAGGGGGGAAAUUGAAAAUUGGCCAAAGUGGUGACCAGAAGGGACAUAAUGCUGAAACAAGCCAGUGCAGCCCACCAGGCAGGCACAGGGUGAAAAAAUGGCCCCUGCUCCCUGUACAGUUGCCCAUCUCUGUUGUAAAUAAAUAAAUAAAAAUACUAUAUGAUGUGCUCCCAAGAACUGUGGAGGUCUUGCAGUAAUUUCUUUAACAUCACUCUGCCUUGGAUCUUUUCCCGCAUUUCUUUUCUUCAUCUUCUUCUCCCACUCCAUAGUCUAAUGAUCCAGAAGAUUUUUGCUUAUUCUAGCAAAGAUCCUCUUUACAUGCUGCCCUUCCCUUCUCCUUCUAUUUAUAGCGCUAUCCUCAUAGGCCUGUCAAAGUCCAGGUUACGAUAUAUUGAUUUAGUGUAAAUUAGAUCAGAGAAAGCCAGACUCAGUCAAUCUGCUGUCUCUGAGGCAAAGAAAAAGGAAGCUGCCUCCAGUGAGUUUGUGUUUCAAGAGACAGACAAGGAAGAAAGUGAUUUUAAUAAUAUAGCAUUCAAGGUCUCUGGAUGUUUGUGUAGGCACUCGAAGAUAAAGCUGAAAGUAUUUAUGAUUGUCAUUUUGGGAGGGAGAAAUGGAAAACUUAAAUGAGUAACCCUGUGGUGGCCUUGGUAUGUCCUCUUGAAAGAGAGGUGAUUCAUUAUUCCUUUGCGGGGCUCUGAGUCUAUCCAGAAACUUCCUUCAACCUUCCUUUUGCAGAAUCCAGACAGGUCCUCAGGGAAUCUAAUAAACUGGCUGAAAUGGAGGAACCCCCUUUGCUACCGGGAGAAACUAUUAAAGACAUGGCAAAAGAUGUUACUCAUAUCUGCCCAUUCACUGGUGCUAUUAGAGGAACCUUGACGGUUACAAAUUACAGACUAUAUUUUAAAAGCAUGGAAAGGGACCCUCCUUUUGUUCUAGAUGCUCCCCUAGGAGUGAUCAACAGAGUUGAGAAAAUUGGAGGAGCAUCCAGCCGUGGUGAAAAUUCGUAUGGCCUAGAGAUUGUGUGCAAGGAUGUCCGGAACUUACGUUUUGCACAUAGGCCUGAGGGACGUACAAGAAGAGCCAUAUUUGAGAACUUGACAAAAUAUGCAUUUCCAGUGUCAAACCAUUUGUCUCUUUUUGCAUUUGAAUACAAAGAAGUUUUCCCAGAAAAUGGCUGGAAGAUUUAUGAUCCUGUUUUGGAGUACAGAAGGCAGGGGAUUCCUAAUGAAAGCUGGAGAAUGACGAAGAUCAAUGAGCAAUAUGAGCUUUGUGAUACCUACCCUGCCUUUCUCAUAGUUCCUGCCAAUAUUCCGGAUGAGGAAUUGAAGAGAGUGGCUGCAUUCCGAUCUAGAGGGCGCAUACCAGUUCUGUCAUGGAUUCAUCCAGAAAGCCAAGCCACUAUCACUCGCUGCAGCCAACCAAUGGUUGGAGUGAGUGGCAAACGGAGCAAAGAAGAUGAGAAGUAUUUGCAGUCUGUCAUGGACUCCAAUGCCCAGUCCCAUAAAAUAUUCAUCUUUGAUGCAAGGCCGAGCGUAAAUGCAGUCGCUAACAAGGCUAAAGGAGGAGGUUAUGAAAGUGAGGAUGCCUAUCAGAAUACAGACUUGGUUUUUCUGGACAUCCAUAAUAUCCAUGUUAUGAGAGAGUCAUUGAGGAAACUUAAAGAGAUUGUUUAUCCCAACAUAGAAGAGACGCACUGGCUGUCUAAUCUUGAGUCAACGCACUGGCUAGAGCAUAUCAAGCUGAUUCUUGCUGGUGCUCUUCGGAUAGCCGACAAGGUGGAAUCGGGGAAGACCUCCGUGGUCGUGCAUUGCAGUGAUGGCUGGGAUCGAACCGCCCAGCUCACUUCCCUUGCCAUGCUCAUGCUGGAUGGCUACUACCGUACAAUCCGGGGCUUUGAAGUGCUAGUGGAGAAAGAAUGGUUGAGCUUCGGGCACAGGUUUCAGUUGAGAGUGGGCCAUGGAGAUAAAAAUCAUGCAGAUGCAGACAGAUCCCCCGUUUUUCUCCAGUUUGUUGACUGUGUGUGGCAGAUGACACGACAGUUUCCCACAGCCUUUGAAUUCAACGAGUGCUUUCUGAUCACUGUUCUGGACCACCUCUACAGCUGUUUGUUCGGGACAUUCCUAUGUAAUAGUGAGCAGCAGAGGGUGAAAGAGGGCCUUCCAAAAAAGACUGUGUCACUGUGGUCCUACAUAAACAGCCAGCUGGACGACUUCACCAACCCUCUGUACGCCAGCUAUACCAACCAUGUCCUGUAUCCUGUGGCUAGCAUGCGCCAUCUAGAGCUUUGGGUAGGUUACUACAUCCGCUGGAACCCACGGAUGAAGCCACAGGAGCCAGUGCACAACCGUUAUAAGGAGCUCUUGGUGAAACGGGCAGAGCUUCAGAAGAAAGUGGAUGAACUCCAACGAGAAAUUGCCAACCGCUCCACUCCAUCCUCCGAGAGAGCUAGCUCUCCUGCUCAAUGUGUUACCCCAGUCCAGACUGUUGUAUAACACAACACAGAUUAUGAUCUCCCCAGAAUGAUAUUGACAUUGUAAGGCAGCUUUUCUGGAAAAGGAGGCUUAAAAGAAAAACCUCUGAACUUAAAAAGCAGGUAUUUUGGAGUCUACAUGCUCUAUUUAUUACGCUAUAUCUCUCCAGGAUAUUUUAUUAGGACUGUAACACUACAGGAAGCAAAAGUUCUUUCUUUCUUUUAAAGGCUUCUUAUAUGAUUAAACUUCUUGAGGGCUAAUUACAAGGAAAGUAACUGCAAGCCUCUGAAGACAAAAGUAGAAUAUUUAUAAAUGGAACUCAAGAUGUUGAACAGUUGUUGUUUCUGCUCUGAAGUGGAGAACAUGAUGUAUUUCUCCACCUGGAAGCAUGUAAACAUCAAAAGAAGUGGCUUGGAUGCAAAGAGUGGCAAGAGGGGAGGGCAUAGACUUUGGUUGUGUGCAUUGGGGCUGGCUGUUCUCUCUGUACCACCUUUGCCACUUGAGAAGCUGUUCCCCAAAGCUCAGAAAAAUUCAAAAAGAUAAAAGAAAUGCAUUGUAAUAAAGAUUAAGACUCGUACACAGUUGCAACAGUUUAUCUCCCCCACCAAGCAACGAUGGAGAACAUGUGGCCCUUUGGCUAUUGUUAAAUUCCAUCUCUUAUCAGCCCUUGCCAGCAUAGCCAGUGGUGAUGGAUAAUGGGAAUUGCAGUCCAACGAUAUCUGGAGAGCCUCAUGUCACUGCUCCUGCUGUCAUGAAAACACUUCUGAAUAAGCCUGACGGAGACCCUAAACUCUAUCAGAUUAAAUAGUGAAGGCAUGAAUGAGCACAGACUUUAAAGAGAACUGCAGUCCCUUGAUUGGACUGGUGGUCCCCCAACAAAGAUGACAGCAAUCUAGAUGCAAUAUGGGUGUUAUAUUUGUAUAGGAAUUAAGCAUACAUAAUAGGGAUGCCACCCUAGACCUUAGAUGGAACAUGUUUAUGAGCAGUGCCAUUACAUAUAGCUCUGGGAAGGGGGUGUAAAGGUGUGAUGAAACCACAUUUCAAAAGAAGCCAAUGAUCUGAAUCCUAUUGUUAUUUCCCACUAUAAUAGACCCACUGAAUCAAUGGCCCGGUACAAACGGGUCUUUCUGACGCUCUCAUCACGUGCUUCAGUUGCCUGGGGGGCGGAGCGCCCACGUGCCCUGCAACCCUCACACGUGACGAAGGCGCAACGAUGGCGGCAUCCUGUAUACAUGGUGUUGCCAUUGUUAAAUGCCGCAUGGCGUCUACAUGGCGCCUACGUAAUGAUUGCGCCAGUGGUGCACUUGUUACGCCGCUACCACAGCUUGAGAAGAACCCGCUUUUUGCGGGUUCUUUUUCCGCUGCUGGGAAGCCGCACGAUUUGACGGCUGCAGCUUCCCUCGGGCAUAAAAACAGGCGCUGGGAGGCCACCCUUUUAGGGUGGUCUGUACCGCACCAAUGAGACCCAUUAUGUUGUCUCAUCAUUCAAUAAUUGACUCAGUGAGUCUAUCCUACUUGGUACUAACCAGCAAGAUUCAGGCAUUAAGUAAGAGUGAUGGUUUCUUUUCCUUUUUGAAGUGCAAUUUUUGAAGCUUCCUGACAGGAAUUUCCCAUGUUUUAUGCCAUUCUCUUAUCAAUUCUAAGGAUUUCUUCUCCUCAAAAAAGUAAUGGAAGUGUAGAGAAAAAAUUAACCAUUUAAAGUUCAAGAACUGAGUCCAUUACUAGAUGGUACCAGGCAAUUUAUUUAGAUAGACAAAGUGCUGAGCAUUUUUCCCCACAGAAGAUAAUGGAAAAGCAAUACUCAUGUAAUGCAACCAAUUGUUUUCUCAGCACCACAAGAAAUAACAGCAACUGAUUGCUUUUCAGUGUAACAAGAAAAAAAAAUAUGUCCCAAGCUCUUAGCUCAGUGGUUCCCAAUCUUCCUAAUGCCGCAACCCUUUAAUACAGUUCCACAUGUUGUGGUGACCCAAACCCAUGA